AUCGGCGAGGACGGAGAAACCCGGCGUGUGCCCCUCCGCCCUCUUUCCGCCGGUUUUGGGGUGUCUUUCCUCCCUCCCCGCGCCGUGCAGCCCGCGCUCCGGAGGGGAACGCCGCGUCCGGAGGAGCUGCUACUUUUUGCAGCCGGCAUGAGGCUUCGCGAGGGAACGAGGAGAAGCCGCACUAAGCAACCGGGGAAGAACCUGUCUGUCAUCUGUUGCAGCGGAACCCGGCGGCAGGCGCGGUCCCCCCGGCCAGAGGUGAUGAGCGCUCGCUGACUCGGGGCGUGCGUCCGAGAGUGCCCGCAUGUGUGACAAACAUGGAGAAAAUAAAGUAAAAAAUGUGGAUAGUGCCUGAGAUGGACGGCAGACAGUGAAAUAAAACAAACCUUCUGAAGGGAUUUAAUUUACAAACGGGAUUGAAAAGGGUACAACUUCCAUGGGAAAAUGUGACUUGUUCAAACUGCUGUCGGAAGAUGCCGGCUGUCAACGCAAGCACCUAAACCAAAGACAAAGUAUUAGAAUGGCAUAAAAUAUGGCCCAGUUCUACUACAAAAGAAGCGUCAAUGCUCCCUACAGAGAUCGUAUCCCUCUUCGCAUUGUACGGGCAGAAUCCGAACUGUCUCAUUCAGAGAAAGCCUAUCUGAAUGCCGUGGAGAAAGGAGAUUACGCCAGUGUAAAGAAAGCUUUGGAGGAGGCAGAAAUUUAUUUCAAGAUCAAUAUUAACUGCAUUGAUCCCCUGGGAAGAACUGCACUCCUUAUUGCAAUUGAAAAUGAGAACCUUGAGCUCAUUGAGCUGCUCUUAAGUUUUAACGUGUAUGUGGGAGAUGCUCUGUUGCAUGCCAUACGGAAGGAGGUGGUUGGGGCCGUGGAGCUGCUGUUAAAUCACAAGAAGCCCAGUGGAGAGAAGCAGGUGCCACCAGUGCUUCUGGACAAGCAGUUUUCAGAAUUUACGCCGGAUAUCACACCUAUUAUUCUGGCUGCCCACACCAACAAUUACGAAAUCAUAAAGCUCCUUGUGCAGAAAGGGGUGUCUGUGCCCAGGCCACACGAGGUGCGCUGUAAUUGUGUCGAGUGUGUCUCAAGCUCAGAUGUGGACAGCCUCCGCCACUCUCGGUCCAGACUCAAUAUCUACAAGGCUCUGGCGAGCCCAUCACUGAUUGCUUUGUCCAGUGAGGAUCCUUUCCUUACCGCUUUUCAACUGAGCUGGGAGCUGCAGGAACUGAGUAAAGUCGAAAAUGAGUUUAAGUCAGAGUAUGAGGAGCUGUCACGGCAAUGCAAGCAAUUUGCGAAAGAUCUUCUGGAUCAGACACGGAGUUCCAGGGAAUUGGAAAUUAUUCUUAAUUACAGAGAUGAUAAUAGCUUGAUAGAAGAACAAAGUGGCAAUGAUCUUGCAAGAUUGAAACUGGCAAUUAAGUACCGUCAAAAGGAGUUUGUUGCUCAGCCCAACUGCCAGCAGCUGCUUGCGUCCCGCUGGUACGACGAGUUCCCCGGAUGGCGGAGGCGACACUGGGCAGUGAAGAUGUUGACAUGUGUUGUGAUAGGACUCCUUUUCCCAGUCUUCUCUGUGUGCUACCUAAUAGCUCCCAAAAGCCCAUUGGGGCUGUUCAUCAGAAAGCCAUUUAUCAAAUUUAUCUGCCAUACUGCAUCGUACUUGACUUUUCUCUUCCUGCUGUUGCUUGCCUCUCAGCACAUCGACAGGUCAGACCUCAGCAUGCAGGGACCCCCACCAACCAUCGUCGAGUGGAUGAUUUUACCGUGGGUCCUGGGUUUUAUCUGGGGUGAAAUUAAACAGAUGUGGGAUGGUGGACUACAGGACUACAUUCACGAUUGGUGGAACCUCAUGGAUUUUGUAAUGAACUCCUUGUAUCUGGCAACAAUCUCAUUGAAAAUUGUUGCAUUUUCAAAGAUAUCUCUAGGAAGAAUGUUGCUGGACAUUUUGAAGUUUCUCUUCAUAUACUGCCUUGUGCUGCUCGCUUUUGCAAAUGGAUUGAACCAGCUGUACUUCUACUAUGAGACAAAUGAACCUGGCAAUUGCAAAGGAAUACGAUGUGAAAAGCAGAAUAAUGCAUUUUCAACGUUAUUUGAAACGCUGCAGUCAUUAUUCUGGUCUAUAUUUGGACUCAUCAAUCUCUAUGUGACCAAUGUGAAAGCAAGGCAUGAAUUCACUGAAUUUGUUGGGGCCACCAUGUUUGGUACCUAUAAUGUAAUAUCUCUGGUUGUUCUACUCAACAUGCUAAUAGCCAUGAUGAAUAACUCUUACCAACUCAUUGCUGAUCAUGCAGACAUUGAGUGGAAGUUUGCUCGAACAAAACUCUGGAUGAGUUACUUUGAAGAAGGAGGGACUCUACCCACUCCUUUUAAUGUCAUACCAAGCCCAAAGUCUUUGUGGUAUCUGAUCAAAUGGUUAUGGAGACACCUUUGCAAGAAAAAAAUUAGAAGAAAGCCUGAAAGUUUUGGAACAAUAGGGAGACGUGCAGCUGACAAUUUGAGGAGACAUCAUCAAUACCAGGAAGUCAUGAGAAAUCUGGUUAAAAGGUACGUUGCAGCAAUGAUAAGAGAUGCCAAAACUGAGGAAGGAUUGACAGAAGAAAAUUUUAAGGAGUUAAAACAAGAUAUUUCCAGCUUUCGCUUUGAAGUCCUGGGUUUGUUAAAAGGAAGCAAGCUGUCUAAUUUGCAGACUGCAAAGAUGAGCAAAGACACUGCCUCUCUGUCAGAAAAUGAAGAAAAUAGUGAGGGUGAAGGAAACAAGAAAGGAAAGAAGAAACCCUUCAGCCUUUUUGACAUAACAACGAUGAUUCACCCACGAUCAGCCAAUAUUGCCUCUGAAGGACAUAAUGUAAGCAAUGGCUCAGCAAUGAUGGUGUCAGAGUCCACUCAGGAGAAACAAAAGCAUGUGAAUUUUGUAACAGACAUAAAAAAAUUUGGCUUGUUUCACAGACAUUCAAAACCAAACUCUGUGGAGCAGAGUACCAAUAAAAUAUACACCGUUUCUGAAGAAGUUUCCCGUCAACAGGCAGAAGAAAAAUGUGAGAAAACUGAUGAACUGGAGGAGGGAGAAUUGACAAUGAACUGUGAAUUAAACCUCCAGAGCCCUGGCAAAAAAUGCCUGUUAGCCAAGUCACAAAAUACCAGUGAGUCUUUGGAUUCACGGGAAGAGGGAAGUAUUUGUGCUUCAGAAACAGAGAAAAUGGAAUUACAGAACUCAGAACCUGCCACUCCGCAGGAUCAGCUGGACAAGGCAUUGGACAUUAGUACUGACUCUCAUGGGAAACGGGAAACAAUUGUUCAGGGUGACUAUGUGAUAACAAGGUUGUGAUGCUUACAGAAGGAAGCAUUUACAAAUAUAUAUAUUUUGCAUAGCGCUUUGGGGGGGAAUGUUUUAAGAAUUAUAUUAGCUAAUGCAGAAUUACACUUUAUAGUACUCAACUGUGGCACAUGAUCUUGUAACGUAGUCGAGAGAAAGAAAAUAUGAGGACCUUCUGUUUUGUAGCCUGCUUUAGCUUUCACGAUUUGUUUUACAUUUUUUAAUAAAUGGAAGCAUCUUGUAUUCUUGUACUGUUGCAAUAACCCACAGAAACUUUUUAGCUAUCUUUUUCAAUUACAACAAAUGGAAUUUCUCUCAUAUGAUAGUUGACUCCUAUGAUAAAUAUUUUUCUAUGCAAAUAAAAAGUAGCUUAAGAGACUUGUAAGCUUUUGUUUAACUUUGUAGGUUCUUAGAAGAUUCUGUGCAC